AUGGGAGGGGUGGAUCCCUACACAAACCUGAAACAUGCCGACCUGACGGAGCUCAAGACUAAACUAUCCCUCCUCUCCGCAGCGGUGGUGUUGUUGGUUGUUGUUGUGGUGGGUUUGCUGGUGGCGCUGGUCUGUGUGACGGUGUUUCUUACAGAGAAGGUACAAGAUGUACAGGAAGUGACCGAGGAGUUAGGCUUACCUGAAGGAAGUGUGUUCAAGGGCGAACCGGGUAAGGGGAAGACAAGCAUCGCGGCGUAUGUCACUGGGAUCAUUAAACAGGUACUGGGGAACCACACUAACGAUGAUAAAGAUAAAGAAGACACGGGAGAGUUUCUCCUACAGGGACCGUUCUACCGUAAAGACGGGGAGGAGGAGCAGACCUUCCUGGCCAAGCCGAUGGCUCACCUCACAGGAUCAACUCUGAACCGUCCCCAGCCCUUGGGCCAUGGCCACUCGAACCACAGCACCUUACGUGUGAGGCACUGGGAAUCGAACCAGGGACUGGCGACCCUGGCGAACGGGAUGAAGUACCGAGACGGCUACAUCAAAGUACCGCAGGACGGACUGUACUAUGUCUACAGUCAGCUGUAUUUCCGGUACAUGAGAGACAGCAAAGAGUCCCGCUCAACAGACAACCAUCAACUGCUGCAUUACACGUACAAGAAAAGCGCCACCUACCGGGACAAGCAGGAGGUCAUGAAAAGUGCCCGGACAAAAUGUUGGAGUAAGCGUAGCCAGUACGGUCUGCUGUCGAGUUACCAGGGCGGGGUGUUCCGGCUGCGGGCGGGGGACAGACUCUUCGUGCAAGUCAGUAACGUCGCCAUGGUCAGCUUCGAGGAGGCCGCAAGCUACUUCGGAGCCUUCAUGAUAUAGAACGCCUGGCGCCAUGUUGGUGUCCCUAUUUGCAUUUGAGUGU